UGUGCCUCGAGAAGUGAGGGAGAGUGUACGUCACCUCCCCCGCUGCCCCGAUCUUGCGUGCGUGUGUUUACUAUUGACCCCCGCCACCACAGGUCACAAUGGCGGGCCUGACCUUGGUCGAAGAAGGGUCAAAGCUGGGUUGGCCUGAUCUGGUGGUCAUUUCCUGCUAUUUCGUGUGUGUUUUAGCAGUGGGAGCGUAUUCAUCCUACCGAAGUCAGCGAGGGAGUGUCUCCGGGUACUUCCUCGCCUCAAGGGACAUGCAUUGGUUACCAGUGGGCGCCUCCCUCUUCGCUAGCAACAUAGGUUCAGGGCACUUCAUUGGUCUAGCGGGGUCUGGAGCAGCUUCAGGCACCGCUGUUAACCUCUAUGAACAAGGGAGCAUCUACACCAUCAUAAUUCUGGGCUGGGUGUUUGUCCCUGUGUACAUGAGUGCCGGGGUGUACACAAUGCCGGAGUACCUAAGGCUGAGGUUCGGGGGCCAGCGCAUAAGGGUGUACCUCUCCUUCCUUGCCCUGAUGCUGUAUAUAUUCACUAAAAUCUCAGCUGACCUCUAUGCGGGGGCGCUGUUCAUGCAGUUAGCGUUGAACAAGAGCAGUGCAGAGUGGUUAUAUCUCAGCAUCCUCUUCCUGUUGGUAGUAGCAGCUGCGUUCACUAUAGCAGGGGGCCUUACUGCUGUAGUGUGGACUGACUUUGUACAGACCGCCCUUAUGGUGGUGGGCGCCUUCGUGUUGAUGGGCCUAGCCUUCAAGGAGGUGGGCGGCUUCCAGGCAUUAGUGGAAAAAUACCCGCUGGCCGUGGCUAGUGUGCGAGCCUUAGACAUCCACAACAAAUCGUGCGGGUUGCCUCCUUCUGACUACAUGAACUUCCUCCGCUCUUCAGUCCCCGGGGAGAGUAAUUACCCUUGGACUGGCAUGAUCUUUGGUCUCAGAAUUAACUCCCUGUGGUAUUGGUGCACAGACCAGGUAAUUGUCCAACGCACUCUGGCCAGUAAGAACCUGUCACACGCGAAGGCAGGCUGCAUCUUGGCUGGUUACCUCAAGUUCCUCCCUCUGUGGCUCCUUGUCCUGCCCGGGAUGGCUGCCAGGGUGCUGUACCCGGACCGUGUAGCCUGCGCGAGCCCCGAGGAGUGCCUGGCGAUCUGUGGGAGUCCCGGGGGAUGUUCCAAUAUUGCAUACGCUGAAUUGGUCAUUAAUUUACUCCCCACAGGACUGGCUGGGCUGAUGCUGGCGGUGAUGAUGGCAGCACUGAUGACGUCACUAACAUCUAUCUUCAACUCUGCCUCCACCAUCUUCACCCUGGACGUCUGGAUACUGCUGAGGGGCCGAAUUGGGCCGUGCGCGGGGUGCAAGGGCCGACCGAGUGAUAAAGAGCUGCUGAUUGUGGGCCGAGUGUUUGUAGUGGUGCUUGUUGCCAUCUCUGUAGUCUGGAUCCCUGUUAUUCAGUUUUCCGGCAACUCUCAGCUGUUUGACUACAUCCAGAGCAUCUCAUCCUUCCUGGCGCCGCCCAUCGCUGCCGUCUUCCUAUUGGCCGUCUUCUGGACAAGGGCGAAUGAGGCGGGUGCCUUUUGGGGGCUAAUGGCGGGGUUGGCUAUUGGCUUGUUAAGGUUCAUUCUGCAGUUUGCCUACGUGGUUCCUCCGUGUGGCUCAGGUGAGAGAGAGAGAGAGAGAUGGGGGGGGGAGAAGGGAGAGAGAGAGAGAGGGGGGGGAGAAGGGAGAGAAAUAAUUAAGUUGUUAGAUUAGGUUAGGUUACACUUC